AUGCAACAAAUGUAUAUACAGUGGCAAGUAUAUAUCCACUAUGAAGCUACUGUCAAGCCAGGCAGCAAAACACACCCAAAAUUGGAGAAAAAGGAAUCUCAGAUGCAAGUUAUGAUGUUAUAUAGACAUCAUUAUUCCCAAACCAAAAACCAAGGAAGUAUCAAUAGAUAUGCAACAAAAGUUCCAGACCUCGAUGAAGAGAACUUCAAACUUGUGAACUUCUCCCAAGAAAAAUGGAGCAAAAUCUCCGGUGAUGCAGAAUAA